UAGCGUGUACAAGCACUUCAAUAACCACACUGUCCCCCCAACACACAAACCGUUCCUUCCGAUGAGACGGCGGGGACCGUCCUGUUCGGGAACAAAAACACUUCUGCUGCUGAGUCUUUGGUUCCUCUGCGUGAACAGCCUGUUAAAACGCUCAGGAUUUUCUUGGCUACUUCCUGAUUAUGGUACAAAUCAGUCCCGCCCUGGAAUGAGCAGAAGCAGCAGCCGCUGACGUGAACUUCGCUUCUAGAGCUUGUCAAAGCCUUGCAAUUAGGGACAUUGAACUGUACACAUUGUGGGAGAAAACGUGAAUGUUGUUCAGUCGUGGAGUUGACGUUCCAGUAUCAAACAAGUCUUCGCCCUUCCCUUCAUCCUGGCCAGGUUAUCCGUCUGUGGUUGUGACAUGCAGGAAGAGAUUUAAAAGGGACCUGAGGGGCAACUUUUUCACGCCCAUAUGAACUGCCAGAGGAAGUGGCAGAGGGUCUGAUGCGAUUCCGUGAGGACAGCCGGCUUCUGGAACCGAUUCUCAAUCAGUUCAGAACUCCUCCAGCAUUGACCAGAAAGAGUUAGUCAUAGACUGAAUGAUGACUAAGUGGAACAGGACAUUAGCCGGGAAUGAGAGUAAUAUCCAGUCUACUGUGUUCCAGCUUUCAGAUGUGCUGACUGGAAGAACGCCAAGGACCUUGUCAGACAACCAGGAGUAACAACUCUUACCACGAUGGACAAUGAAGCCCACAGUCUCUUUGACAAGUUCCUGCAAGGGAAGACAUGUAAAGAGACGUUGAGCCUAUUCCACGAGCUCUGCAAUCUCCUGCACCUGGAUCCUGCCGACUAUCGCAGUUUCUACCAGAAGCUAAAAGGCAGCCUCAAUUACUGGAAGGCCAAGGCUCUGUGGGUUAAGCUCGAUAAGCGAGCAUCGCACCCAAAUUAUGAACAAGGCCAGGCUUGUGCUAAUACAAAGUCUCUGGUCCUGGGUGCUGGUCCCUGUGGCCUCCGCACUGCCAUCGAACUCGCCUUUCUCGGUGCCAAAGUCAUUGUUGUGGAGAAGAGAGAGAGCUUUUCGCGGAACAAUGUUCUCCACCUCUGGCCAUUCACCAUCCAUGACCUGCGAGGUCUUGGAGCCAAGAAAUUCUAUGGAAAAUUCUGCUCCGGCUCCCUCGACCACAUCAGCAUCCGGCAAUUGCAACUAAUUCUGCUGAAGGUGACCCUCAUCCUGGGUGUGGAAGUUCAUGUCAAUGUGGAAUACAAAGGAUUCAUAAAGCCUCUGAAAGAUCAGAAAGAGAAAGCGGUUGGAUGGCGAGCUGAUCUUUUGCCAACUGGCCACCCACUGUGCAAGUAUGAGUUUGAUGUCUUUGUCUCAGCUGGUGGAGGCAAGUACGUCCCUGAAGGGUUCAAGAAGAAGGAAAUGCGAGGGAAACUGGCGAUUGGGAUCACAGCUAACUUUGUCAACCACAACACCACAGCAGAGGCCAAGGUGGAGGAAAUCAGUGGAGUCGCUUACCUCUACAACCAGAAAUUCUUCCAGCAGCUUUGCAAGGACACAGGGAUUGACUUGGAAAACAUUGUUUACUACAAGGAUGACACUCACUAUUUUGUGAUGACUGCAAGGAAACAGAGUCUGCUGAAGUAUGGAGUCAUUGAUCAGGACCAGCAAGACGCAGAUUCCCUGCUGUCUCCGCAGAAUGUCCAUUUGGAAUCCCUCCUCUCCUACGCUCGGGAAGCUGCCAACUUCGCCACCAAGUACCAGCUUCCCCAUCUGGAAUUUGCCAAGAAUCACCGCGGGGAGCCGGAUGUGGCCAUGUUUGAUUUCACCUGCAUGUACCGGUCAGAGAAUGCCGCGCUGGUGAAGGAACGGCAUGGACACCGGUUACUGGUCGCCCUGGUGGGAGACUGCCUGGUGGAGCCCUUCUGGCCAUUAGGGACUGGCAUUGCACGUGGAUUCCUUGCGGCUUUUGAUGCUGCAUGGUUAGUACGCAAGUGGAGUAUGGGAAUUCCCCCUCUGGAGAUCCUGGCUGAGAGGGAGAGUAUCUACCAGCUGCUGUCACAGACCACACCUCAAAACACAAACAAGAACUUUAAUCAGUACAGUAUUGACCCACUUACCCGCUAUCCCAACCUCAACCUCAGCUACUUCAAACCUAACCAGGUACAGCACCUGUAUGAUGCAGGAAGGAGCUCAGCUACAGAGAAGGAUACCAGCCAGACAAAGGGGAAAAUGCUACGCAGUGAUUCCAGUGCUGGUUACGAAGAGCUCCUGAGCUGGUGUCAACAGCACACGAGAAGCUAUAGGAAUGUAAAGAUCAUUGACCUGACAACGUCCUGGAAAAGUGGUCUGGCAUUGUGUGCUCUGAUUCAUCAUUUUCGCCCGGACCUUAUUAACUUUGAGAGUCUGAAAGAAGAAUCUGUUGCUGAAAACAACCAACUGGCAUUCAACAUUGCAGAAAAAGAGUUUGGAAUCUCACCAAUAAUGACCGGGAGAGAAAUGGAAGCUGCUACCAGCCCUGACAAGCUCAGUAUGUUCAUGUACUUGACCCAGUUCAAUGAGUUCUUCAAGGACAUAUCUCCUGAGCUCCAAGAUGUCAAUAAAAGGAAGAUGAUGACCUUGUCAUCAGCCAAGUCGGCUCUCUUGUUCCUCAGUUCCCUCCGGAAAAACGUGGCCAACAAACAAAGCUCAGUGUCAGAUGCUGAAUCAGAACAAUUACUGAGGGAUGCCCCAAAUGAGACUUUGACCCCACCUUCGUCACCGCAGAAGAAUGAGAGCAGCAACUCACAAACAGAACAAUUCCAGGAGAAACCCAAUGGGGAACCAGCUAAUGUUAAAAGACAGGGCUCCUUCAGACAGGCAUCAGGCCCCAGCAGCAGUGAGGUUUGUUACUUCUGUAAGAAGCGGGUUUAUGUGGUGGAACGCUUCAGCGCCGAGGGACAGUUCUUUCACCGCGGCUGCUUCAUGUGCCACCAAUGUGGCAAAACCCUGCGGCUCGGGAACUACGCUUUCAACAGAAGAGAUGGGAAAUUCUACUGCACACUUCACUACAACGGUAUGCAUGGCUCCAUUCAGAGUAAUUUAGAGAAAACAGCUCCAAGGCUCGUAAAUGAGGAAGCUUUGGAUGAAGAAACGAUGCAGGGGAGUGCUGUGGAAAUGCGUGCAGAUCGCAACCCAGCAAUGGGCAAGCAUGGAAACAUCAACUCCAAGGAUGUUCCAGGAGAUGAAAUGGACAAUGAAAAUGAAUGGGAGAGAGGCAGUGAUGAUGAAGGAACAGCACAGAUGAGAAAAUAUGAAGAAGAAGAUAUAAUUGAAGGCCUUCAAGUUGAGAAGGAAGAUGAAGAGCAAGGAGUAGAGAGCUCUAGCCAAUGCAAUGAAGAAGACCCAUUGACGGAAGAAGGUGCUCAUGAAUGUGCAGAACAUAGCAGAGUGCCUAUCAUGAAGCAUUUUACAUCACCUGGCAAGAGCCCUGCAUGGGAUACGGAUCAGGCUAUUGUAUCUCAUACUGUGGUAAGGCAGCAGUGGCCCAGAAAUGGGAUGUCCAUAACAGGUGGAUCUAACACUGACUCCAACUUUAGCGCAGGAUCUGAAAAGAACUCAAAGGAUUACAAAAAACCAAUCAGUGAAGCAGAUGUAACAGGUUAUGGUGAACAAACACCAUUCUCAACAACUGCACCUCCUCUCAGUGACGCAAAAAACACACGUUUCUCUAUUAAAUUCCUGGGCAUUCCAUCUGGUAGCAACACUGAGAGUCUUGGUGUCUCUCAAAGGAGUUCGACUCCUGACAAAACGUCCAAGCCGUGCCUCGAGAAUUUUGAGUCUACUGCCACUGAGAAUCUGCCUUUGUAUCCUACCAAACCCUUGGAUCUGGGAGAUGCCAACAGGACAAAGGAUGCUGCUGAGAGUAAAGGACCCUUCCCAAAUGAAAGGAUAGGUGACAUCCCAGAGGUUCAGCCAAAGAGCAAGAAUGUAGAGGAUACUGAAGGGAAGAUAGAAUUAGGCUGCCUUUCAAAGGAACUUGCUUCGAUGUAUUUUGACAUGAAUAAAUCAUCCACAGAUGAGGAGGAAAGUAAUUGCAACAGCCCAGUGAAGAAACUCAGUCUUUCAGCAUCCCUCAAACGUAAGCUAGCCAGACUGAGUGUAAGCUCAGACACUGACUCAGAAAGCCAGGAAGAGAGGACACAGCCCAGAAUUCAUAUUGAUGACACGACACAAUUUGAUGAUGUGAAGCUAUGUCCGGGAAAAGGAGGAGCUAAUGCUGAUUUUGAGCCUGGGGACUCAGACAGGGAAUGGGAAAUAUUGGAUCAUCCCUCAAUAGUCCUUAGCAAAGAAGACAGCAGAAGUCUGAAAGAGCAGGAGAUAAGAAGCCAGGUGUGUUGGGACACUUCCCAGCCUGACCUGAAGGAGACACGUAGUUCAAAUUCAGCUCAACUCAUGCACAGCAAGAACAAACUUAAAAAUCCAAAGACUAAAUGCACAGGGGAAUUAGAACCCAAUGGAAAACCAACUGGGAAAGAUUUGGCUUCUGAAACACCAAAUAAAUCAAAAUUGAAGUUCUUCUCUUUACCCAAAUCAUUUUCUCGUUUAUCGAGAAGAGAGAAGAAAAAUGAAGAAAAACGUGCAAAUUCUACUCCUGUGGUAAAGGCAGAGAUAGCAACAAUCCAGGUAUCAUCUGCUCAGAAGGAAGUGAAGCAGUGUAAUUUGAGUGGUGGUGAACAAUCAGAUGACGAUGAAGAGGAGUCUCUUAGCGAAGAUGAGAUGAAAUCUAACACUGAGCCAAUCAAAAUUGAGCUGACUCCAGAGGAGUUUGCAGCAAGGCGGCAAACGUGGAAACUGAGAACAUUUGAAAGGCGUGCGAGACAGGAAGAAAUGGCGAGGUUUGCAAAAGCUCAGAUGAUUCAAAGGCGGUUGGAAGAGAUUGAACAGACAUUCCAUGAUUUGGAGCAGAGGGGAAUUCGCCUUGAACAGGAAAUGCGUAAUAAUAAAGGUGAACAGCACGAUCUGAUGCAAUCCUGGAUCGCACUGGUACAAGACAAGAACCAACUCCUGAGUGAAGAGUCCGAGUUAAUGAUCCAGGGGCGUGAGCUGGAACUGGAGGACCAGAAGAGUAGGCUGGAACAGGAUCUAAGGAGGUACAUGGACAUGGAUGAGUCGCUGAAGAUGAAUAAGGACCACCUGGAGGAGGAGAGGAUUUUUAAGGAGAUGAUUGAGGUAGUCAAGAUGAGAGACAAGCUGGUCACCUUCCUGGAGGAGCAGAGACUCCGGGAACAAGAACAACAUGCGGUUCUGGUGCCUGGGGCUGCAGCCAGAGACCUCACUCCUGUUGCCUCCAUCACCUGGGUAUAAAGGUGGGGCAUAGUACUCUGACAAUGUUCUGGCUGGAGGCACUGUCCUCCAUAGCACUUUUCAAGGGCUUUAGCUUUGACUAUUCAUGGAGACUACCUCCACUUUAAUAUUUAUUAUGGAAAAUGAUGCAGUUUUUCUGAGAAUGCCUUUUUAAGUUUAAUCCAGCCUUUUACUUAAGGUCACUAUUUCCGGCAUCUUGGAAUAUCCAGCGACUGAGCUCCUCUCAGGGUUUGACUUGGCUCCUUGGGCCCCUCGUCCCAUCAGCCGCACCAUUUAUUUUGACAGAUCGUCAGCACCCAGACUUAAGAAGAUAGAUCCUGUAAAUUUGUUUCUUUGUUGUUGCUGUAACAAUGUUUUUAAACUUUGCUCUAAAUAAAUUUCAAGCUGAUUUUGUUUUCCCA